AUCACCUGACGCACACGAGCCGGCUCCAGACCUCCAGUGGUCCUGUCUGAGUCAACCGAACAAACAGUGUGAACGGGGACACUUCGCUGGAAGCUCAGCUCGCAGUCGCAGCGCAUCCACCACACCCACACGAUGCCGCCGCCUCUCCGCUGUCUCCUGCUCGCCUUCGUCGUCCUCCUCUCCGGCUUCCCCCGUCUCGCCCACCCCUUCACGGCUCUCGAGUCCGACCAGAUCGCCCGCUUCCAGGACUACCUCCGCAUCCGAACGGCGCACCCGUCCCCCGACUACGCCGGCGCCGCUGCCUUCCUCCUACCCUACGCCGCCUCGCUCGGUCUCGACACCACCACGCUCCACUUCACCCCGUGCAAGACCAAGCCGCUGCUCCUCCUCACCUGGCGGGGCUCCGACCCGUCCCUCCCCUCCGUGCUCCUCAACUCCCACAUCGACUCGGUCCCCGCGGAGCCCGAGCACUGGGCGCACCCGCCGUUCGCCGCGCACCGCGACGCGGCCACGGGCCGCGUCUACGCGCGCGGCGCGCAGGACGACAAGUGCCUCCCCGUCCAGUACCUCGAGGCGAUCCGGGGCCUCCAGGCGGCCGGGUUCGCGCCCGCCCGCACCGUCCACAUCUCGCUGGUCCCCGACGAGGAGAUCGGCGGCGCGGAUGGGUUCGACAAGUUCGCCCAGUCGGAGGAGUUCCGCGCCCUCAACAUCGGGUUCAUGCUCGACGAGGGGCAGGCGUCGCCGACGGAUGUGUUCAGGGUCUUUUAUGCGGAUAGGCUGGUGUGGAGGCUCAUCGUGAAGGCGGCGGGGGUGCCGGGGCAUGGGUCGAGGAUGUUCGACGGCGCCGCCGUGGACAAUUUGAUGGAUUGCGUGGAGACCAUCGCUGGGUUCAGGGAUGCGCAGUUCAGGAUGGUGAAGUCCGGGGAGAGGGGUCCCGGCGAGGUGGUCUCGGUGAAUCCUGUGUACAUGAAGGCCGGCAUACCAAGCCCCACGGGUUUUGUGAUGAAUAUGCAACCUUCAGAAGCAGAGGUUGGCUUUGAUCUCCGCCUCCCUCCAACUGAAGAUAUUGAACAGAUCAAACGAAGAGUCAAAGAGGAAUGGGCACCAGCUCAUAAAAACUUGACCUACCAGCUAAUGCAGAAAGGUCCAGUAACAGAUGUGGCUGGGCGUCCCAUAUUCACCGCAACAAAUGAGUCGAACCCAUGGUGGUCCAUAUUCGAGAAGGCCAUCACCUCCGCGGGAGGAAAGCUAUCUAAGCCCGAGAUCUUAUCUUCAACCACAGAUUCACGCUUUGUGAGGCAGCUGGGCAUUCCUGCCCUCGGGUUUUCUCCGAUGACAAAUACUCCAAUACUACUACAUGACCAUAACGAGUUUCUGGAAGAUAAGGUGUUCCUGAGGGGCAUCAAAGUGUACGAACAUGUUAUUAGAGCACUAAGCUCGUUCCAAGGCUGAUUCGUGAAAGGAAAGUGAUGUUUGCAUGAUUUGUAGCAUUGCUGGAUUCCCGUCUCAUUUACUGAAUGAAGGUAAGAGCAUCGAAGCUAUGGCCUACAGGUUUCUAAUAAUUGGUUCAGUCUCAAACAUGGCAAAGGAAACAUUCCGAAACCAUCAGGAUAUGUCAAAUAUAGGGAUAUGAAUGAUAAGCAAAGAACUGUAAAUAUGAUUUAGGGGUUGUGAACUGUUGUACCACAAUAGCCCAAAAACCACUGUCUCUGUUGAUAUAUUUUCUGAUCUGGAGGCUGUAUCGGUUUUCCCCGUGUGCUGGAGCAAACCGGGUGUUGGAAUAAUUUCUCCCCACGUGGAACACUUUUUUCCUGUCAAAAAAAUGCAAGAGAACUGUGUCUGCUUUUUGUUGCUCU